AUGGCCUUCCGUGAGAAAAUAGCCAUAGACAGUGCAGGUUUUCCAAAGUAUAAAUGUUUGGAUAAUGGCCAUACAACGAGCAAAAAAAAUGUUGAUGUUGAUAAUCAGUUCAUUGUUCCCUAUAAUGCGACGUUGCUUCUUAAGUAUGGUUGUCACAUAAAUAUUAAGUACACAUGCCAGACGUCAGCUAUAAAGUAUUUGUUUAAGUACGUGCACAAAGGUAAUGAUCGUGUCACAGCUUCGUUUUUCCGGUCACAUGAUUCAGAUGAUUCGGAUAAGCAGGGGCAUAUAUGGAAGUCGCGGAAGCAAGGGCAUGUGAUUGGUCGUCUCACACAUGUUCCUCACUCGCAUGGAGAAGAGUACUAUCUUCAUUUGUUAUUGAACUAUCAAAAAGGGUGCCAGAGAUUUGCUGAUAUUUGUUCUGUUUGUGGCAUUGUGUACGACACAUUCAAAGAAGCUUGUUAUGCUCAAGGGCUGUUACAAGAUGAUAGGGAAUUUAUUGAUGCAAUUAAUGAAGCCAGUUCAUGGGCUUCGCCGAAUUAUAUCAGGAGGUUGUUUGCAAUGCUUUUGAUGUCAAAUAACAUGGUCUGUCCCGACAUGGUCUGGGAACAAUGUUGGCAACAUUGUGCAGAUGACAUGAUGUUUGAUAGGACACAUAAUUUAGCACUAUGGCGAAGUAGUGUGAUGUUAACCUCUUCUAUUAUGGGUUUAGGUUUCGAGCAUUCUGCUGACAAGAUCAAGUCCACCAUUCUCGCCGAAAUUGAAAAAUUGUUGCAGCCGAAUGGUAGGACACUUAAAGAAUUUACUGACAUGUCAUUUCCAAAUUUGGUGGAUUCCAUUGAACCUCCCGGCACAAUCUUCUUUGAUAAGCUCAGUUUCAAUAAGACCGUGCGUGUCGCGUACAACACAAUAUUCAAUGCAGUCAGUCAUGGCAUAGGUGGUUUUUUCUUUGUUUAUGGAUAUGGUGGAAUUGGGAAGACUUUUCUAUGGAAUGCACUUUCCGCUUCAAUAAGGUCGAAAGGUCAUAUUGUUCUAAACGUGGCAUCCAGUGGCAUUGCAGCGCUAUUGUUGCCUAAUGGGCGAACUGCUCAUUCACGCUUUAAGGUUCCACUCAGUGUUAACCAAGAUUCCAUUUGUAAUAUAAGGCAAAGCACACCUCUCGCACAACUUAUUUCAUCUGCAAAAUUAAUUAUAUGGGACGAGGAACCUAUGUUAAACAAAUUUUGCUUUGAAGUGCUCGACAAGUGCCUUAAAGAUGUUCUUCGUUUUGAUCAUGGAUAUAAUCCCGAUGCUCUGUUUGGUGGAAAAGUUGUUGUUCUCAGAGGUGAUUUCCGUCAGAUAUUACCUGUUAUUCCUCGAGGUUCCCGAGAGGAGAUUGUUCAUGCGUGUAUUAAUGUUUUGUACCUGUGGCAAUCUUGCCAUGUGUUGCAAUUGACCGAAAACAUGAGGCUGGGUCAUGGUCCGCAAGAUAUCCACAAUGUGCAGUUAGAGGAAUUUACUAACUGGCUGCUUCAAAUAGGUGAUGGGUUAUUCGGAGACAGUGCUGAUUGCGAAUCAGUGAUUAGAAUACCAGACAACUUGCUAUUGGAUAUUGAGUCUCCAGGUCUCCACGAUUUGGUGUUGUUUGUUUAUCCUGACGUUUUACUCCGUACUUCUAGCGUGGAUUAUUUUAAGGACAGGAGUAUAUUGGCACCAACACUUGAUGUUGUGACUGAAGUUAAUAAUCAUGUGAUGUCUUUGAUCCCUGGCAAUGAAAAGGUUUACCUGAGCUCUGACACGCUGCUUAAUGAAGAAGGUCACUUAGAAUCUGAAUUAAUACACAAUGAGCACAGAGUCGUUGAAUACGUUGAAUUGUUCUGGAAUUCCUCAACACAGAUUAGUUCUUAA